CGGAGCCGGAGGCAGCGCCCGAGCCGAAGGGCACAGCGGCUGCAUACGCGAUCGGCGACGCUGUGGAGUAUUGGUCUAAGACCACGAACUCGUGGUUAGGUUCGAGGGUCAUGGACAUUAGGGGCCAGCCUCGCCAUAGCGAGGAGCACGGCAUGAACGUCUUCACGUACGACCUUUUUGUCAUGGCCGCCAGACAGCGCGUACCCAACGUGGACAUGAAGGACCUGCGCUUGCCGUUCAGUGUGAGUGAGAAGGUAAGCGUGUUCUCCAAGAAGCACGGGGACUGGUACCCGGCCAUCAUACACGCGGCGCCGAGGGAGGCGCGGGACCCGAGGCUCGGGUACGACGUCGCGCUGGAGCCCAGCGAGCUCAAGACGGAGAUGCUGGAGUACGCCAGGCAGCUCAAGGCCCAGAAGGAGCUCCAGGGGAACCAGUACGAGGAGAGACCAGGCCGCGGAAGCCGCAGGCGGCCGAGGAGGAACAGGGAUCAGGACGUCGCCGGCAGCGCGGAGCUCGACUCGGUGCCACAGGUGCCCCCGCUUGGCGGCGACGCGCUGACAAGCAGCAUGCCGGCGCAGGUCCCGCGGCUGCCCAUCGGACAGGAGGACGGCAACCCCAGCAGCAACCCCGAGAGCAGCCCGAUGCAGGAGGAGGACCUGCCCGUGCUCAAGAGCAUGCCGGGCAGGCGCCUCCGGAGGCGCUUCGACCGCGGCAUGCCCGUGCAGGUGUACCUGGGAGCGGAGCAGGGCUUCCUCAGGGGCACGGUCGUGGAGCCCGCGAGCGGGCCAGAGCCCAGGGACAUCAUCCCGUCGCCGAGACCGAGGCGGAUCCUGUCCCCAGAGGCCUCCCCCUCGACGUCGCCCUUGUGCUCCAGCGACGACGACGACGACGACCCGCACGGCGUCGACGUCCGCUCCAGCGCCGGUACCGCCGAGGUCGAGACUGCCGUCGUCCCACAGCGCCACGCGACGGCCACUGUUUCGAUCUACGGCCGGAGCGGACCCGAUCGCACCUACCCCGAGUACAUGAUCAGGCCGCUGAUCGAGCGGCGCGGGGCGCGGUCCUGGAAGUUCGGGAGCAUCAUGAGCAUGUCGCUCUUUGACAGGGACGAGGGUCACGUCCUCGAGGACCUCGACGGACCUUGGGGUUUCUCGCCGCAGCCUUCGCCGAGAAGUGAGCCAGAAUCCGAUCAAUCGCUGUCGUAUUUUUGGGGGUUCUCGCCGCAGCCUUCGCCGAGAAGUGGGCCAGAGUCCGAUCAACCGCUGUCGUAUUUUUGGGGGUUCUUCUCGCCGCAGCCUUCGCCGAGAAGUGAGCCAGAGUCCGAUCCACAGUUGAGCGCCGGCCAGUUGAAUGGAGGCGACGUUUAAAACACUGGAGGCGCCUACCAACUGGGCGCCGCCAGAGGAAGCCCCGAGAUCCAGGCUCCAGGCUCGCACCAUUUUUCUCAGCGAGCGCAGCCCCUCCAAGACUGCCCAGAUAGCCCCGCUCCAGAAGGCCCCCCAUCAGAAGAAGGAGG